AUGGCCGACUUCAAGACCGCUUCCCCGUCCUCGGAGUCGCCCGUCGGCUACGACAGCACACCCGCCCACGCCACCGACCAUGCACGCAUCGACCCCGAAUCCGGCGUCAAGCGCGGCCUCAAGACGCGCCAUCUAUCCAUGCUGGCGCUCGCCGGCAUUAUCGGGCCGGGCCUGCUCAUCGGCUCCGGCGGCGCCCUCAAUAACGGCGGGCCUGCCAGCCUCAUCAUCGGCUUCGGCGUCAUCGGCAUCAUCGCCUUCUCCAUCAUGCAGUCGCUGGGCGAGCUGACCACACUGUACCCGUCCGGGGGUGCCUUCACCGCCCUAGCUGACCGCUUUGUCGACAAGGCUUUUGGUGUGGCGGUAGGGUGGAAUUACUUUAUCAUUUGGGCGGCCGUCUUGGCGAAUGAGUACAACGUUAUCACUGCUGUGUUGGUCUACUGGAGCGAUACCGUUCCGCAAUGGGGGUAUUUCCUCAUCUUCUGGUUCGCCUUUUUGGGCUUUCAGAUGUUAGGAGUUGAGUCGUUCGGUGAAGCUGAAUUCUGGCUGGCCCUGAUCAAACUGCUCGGCCUUGGUGCCUACUUCAUCUUCUCAAUCGUCUAUGUCGCUGGAGGAGUCAACGGAGAUGCCAUCGGCGACCGCUACUGGCACGAUCCAGGCGCGUUCAACGGCAACGGUUUCCGCGGCGUCGCCUCCGUCUUCGUCUUCUGCAGCACCUUCUACGCCGGAGUCGAGUCGGUAGCAGUAGCAGCCACCGAGACGAAGAACCCUCGUGUUGCGGUGCCACUAGCCAUCCGACAAGUCUUCUGGCGCAUCAUCUUCAUCUACAUGGGCUCCGCCAUCUUCUUCGGCCUAACCUGCCCCGCCAACGCCGAUGGCCUCAUCAACGGCGCCUCCCGCUCGCUGCGCUCGCCGAUGACGAUCGCGAUCCAGAACGCCGGCUGGCAAGGCGGCGUGCACCUGAUCAACAGCUUCAUCUUCAUCACUUGCCUCUCGGCCGUCAACUCGUCCAUCUACAUCGGCAGCCGCACCGUACUUUUCAUGGCGCAGGACGGCAAAGCCCCACGCUUCCUCGGCUACACCGACCCGCGCGGCGUGCCCGUCUUUGCCAUCCUGCUCACGAACCUCUUCGGCGCCCUCUCCAUGAUGAACGUCUCAACCGGCGCAAGUAAAGCGUAUUCCUACAUCGUCAAUCUCUCCGGCGUCUCCACCUUCCUCGUCUGGGCCUCUAUCAGCCUGAUCCACAUCCGCUUCCGCCGCGCUUGGGCCCACCAGGGCCGCUCCGUGUCCGAUCUCCCCUUCAAAUCCCUCUGGUACCCGUGGCUGGCCUACUUUGGCCUCGCCGCCAACAUCUUUCUCGCCUUCGUGCAAGGCUGGACCACGCUGAGCCCCUUUGACGCCGGCACGUUUGUCGAUGCGUAUAUCCUGCUGCCGCUGUUUCCGGUCACUUAUUUGGGGUAUAAAUUCGUGUUCAAGACGAGGCUGUGGCGCGCAAGUGAGAUUGAUUUGGAUGCGGGGAGGAGGGCGGAUGUGGAUGCUGCCAAGGGGGAGGGGGAGGGGGAGGUUUUGCCCAGGCCAGAAGGGGCGGGCGUGGGGAGGAGGGGGACGGUGGUGCAGAGGGUGUGGAGGAAUUUCUAG